AAUAAAAAUACAGGUGUGUGCUGAUUUCACAAUCCAACUGAUGCCUUUGGGAAUAUAAAGGGAGAUCUUUCUGUGUCAGAUCAGCAGACAAACUGAAGACUUCAUCCAGCUAAAAACUGCCUGCACGCACGAACUCAAAAUGUCCCACAUCACUGAUAUUGAAGUAUCUCUGGAUGAAGCUCAGGAGAAUCAGUUCCGUAUAAAAGGCUUCAGCAAAAUCGAAGUUGAUCUCAACAAAGGAGCCAAAGGAAAAGACAUCUUCCUUUGGUACAAAAAAGGCAGCAGCUCAGCAGUCACCAGGAUUCAGCUUUCAUACAAUGAUCAGAUGAAUAAGGGCCUGAUCAAAGCAGGAUACCACAAGAUCAACAAAGACCUCAAUGCUGGAACAAAAGGUAGCCCCAUCUACCUAUGGUACUAUAAAGGUUCCUCAGCGCACGAUAUUCCCAUUGUGGACCUUCACAUCACUGUAGAAGCAACAGAAGAAGCUGAGAAGUUGAAAUACGGCUGGGAGAGACUGGUCUGUGAUCUGAACCGGAAAGCUGGAGGAAAGUGGAUCUAUCUAUUUGUGAAGAGAAAGACACCAACCUACAUCUGUGACAUCACUGCUAGCGCUGACAGUCAGGGAGACUUUGACCGCUUCAAUAACGGCUACAUCCGAUUAGAUGAAGAUACCAACAGAGGUGGAGGAGGGGCCGACAUUUAUAUCUGGUACAGCGUGAGCACUGACACCCAGAAUGCAAUCCGAGAUCUCCAAGUUUCUACCAAUGAUGCAGAUUACCAAUCCUUUCAAAGUCAGGGCUACACCCCAGUGAACCAGGACCUGAACCAGGGGACGGGAGGAAGCCCAGUGUUCCUGUGGUACAAGAAAAACGACAACAGCAAAAAUCCCAUCAAGACUGUCACUGUGAUUGUUAACCAAGCAGCUGUGGUGCCUUAUGAGAGGGCGGGCAUUGAGGUAAUUGAUAAAAACCUCAACACAGGAAACAACGGUGAUACCCUGUACCUGUGUUAUCAGUGAGGGUUGUCAUGGUAACAGAGGUCAUCAGGCUCACCAAGCAGAAACCAAAGAGUCAAAGAUGUUCAUGUUUGAUUGGUUUGGUGAUGGGUUUUCUUUCCUUUCUGAAAUGAUAUUAAAAAUCACUAUGACCUCAGAGAUUUGACUCAUCCAGCGAUUAUUGAUCUUACAAUCAAUCUCUUUGUCUGACUCUGUGACACUUUAUUUUGAUGACUGUGUCUUUUCAAUA